GCCGGGAGGGGGAUACAACUGCACGAUGCGGAGAGCCUGGAUUGAGGCAGCAAGGCAGCUUGUCAGUCAAACUGUGAUCGCCUCUGCUCUGUACAGUGCAGAAACACACGGGACGGCUGAAGCAGGAACCUUCAAGAAUGCGGACGAAAAGUUGGACUCUGAUGGUGGCAUUGUGAUCGAAAGGCUGGGAAGCUCGUGUCGUACGACCACUACCUUUUUACCACUGCGGUUCCGGUGCCGGUCGUGGCAGGAGCCUUGGGACGAGCCCUUGAAGAGCGUAGCCAAGAGCGAUGAGUCGGCGGAGAAAAAGGAGGAGGCAGCGGAUGCCGGAAGUUCUGCGCAUGUCGCGCCCUCUGCCUGCCCCGACGGUGGCCUAAGCUGGUUCAUCGCUGCGCUCUGCUUCCUGGUGAACCUGCUGUUCUCCUCCUUCUUCCGCUGCGGCGGUCUCUUCUUCACCUCGAUCAUGAGCACGUACGAGGCAACACGCGGCUAUGCUUCUCUUCCGUUGAGCAUGUACAGCGGAUUCACCAACCUAUCCGGUCUCAUUGCGGGGCCACUAAUCCACUGGUUUGGUGUGCGGGCGGCGGCCGUGCUGGGCGGCUUCGUGAUGGCCAUGGGCUGCAUGAUUUCCUACUUUGCUACCGGCAUACCUUUUCUCGUCGGUUCCCUGGGAGUUCUUGCUGGUUCUGGUCAUGGAAUACUAUACGGCUGCGUCAUCGUCGCCAUCAACGAGUACUUCGACAAACGGCGAGGUGUAGCUUUGGGCAUCAACUUGACUGGUGCAACGGCAGCGUCCUUCGUCUUUCCAAGUAUUUUCGAUCUGCUCCUGUCAGAAUAUGGCUUGCAUGGAACUUUGGCUAUUACAGGAGCCCUGUUACUCAACAUUCCCGUGCUAGGCUUCCUUUUUCGGAAACCGCCGUGGCACGAAUCUGUGAUUGAUACAAGCGAGGCAGUUAAAAAGUGUGCACAGAAAUUUAGCGCUGAACAGAUUACGACAUGUUCUCUCAAGAAUCUCCACGCUGAAGAUGGAAAGCCGUCCACCGUAGUUGCCCAUCACACUAUGUUAUUAAAGCGCAGAGGGACACUUAUGACCGUACCGGACGAGGAGGCAAUAAUUCAGAAGAGACUUACCUUAUCCAGUCAGCCGGAAGGUUUGACUAAGAGAAAACCCACGGUCGAAAAUGCUCUUCAUGACACAACAACUGAAGAUGCAAUGAACAUGGCGUGGUCGAGGAGAGGGACGCUUUUGAGCGUUGCUGGAUCCUUGCUUGAAGAGGACAAAACCUUGUCUUCUUCGAGGCGAGGAACAGUUAUAAGCCUAACACGAACGGGUUCUGCCAUCGGCGAUCUCGACCUUAGAAAAAUCGCCCUUCUUCAAGAGGCGGUAGAGCACCUGACUUCUGUGAACACAGCUCCAACCGCGUUCGAGGAAAACGCAGCAUUCCUCGGCAGCGCACAGAUCCCAGAAGAGAGGGCUAGGGUUGGAAGCGAGCCAAGUUUUGUGGGAGACUGUGGUGGUGCCAGUCGCGCGGUCGCUUCAAGGCGUAGCACGGUCACAAGCCUAGCAUCUCGAUGUCAGAUAGAAUUGCCCUGCAAGACGGACGAGCCUAUCCACAUAGUCAUCCAUGCAGAGCAAGGCCGCUCAUCCGAUUCGGCUCUCAUUAGCGCCAAAGAAGUCUUGCGACUACCACGUUUCUACUGCCACAUGUUGAGCUAUUUCUCCUACGUCUUCUUCCUGGACACAUUCCUUGCCGUUGCAGUAGACUAUGCUGUCGACGUCGGUAUUGACAGUGCGAGUGCCGUGUUCGUGCUCACCUUCUUUUCGGUGACAGACACCAUUGGCCGUCUAUUCGUUCCCUUGCUCACGGACUAUAAGCUCGUGUCACCGCUUAGCCUGAUGUGCCUGUCGUACCUAGCGAUGGCUGUCAUAGCGCACUCGAUGCCCUACGCGCAGAACCUCGUCCCUUUCUGGGCGUGCAUGAUUACCCUGGGAUUGCCCGUCGGCUACAUACUGGUGGCUGUCUCCGAAGCCAUUGCCGUAGAAGUUGGCCUUCGCAACUUACCCAUCGCAUACGGCUUUGUGGCUGGAUUGACUGGUGUCGGAGCCUUCUUUAGGCCAGUGGUCAUAGGUUUCUUCCGGGAUAAGUACGGAUCAUACGACGGUCUUUUUCGAACGAUGGGAUCGAUGGUGCUGUGCUCUUUCCUGCUCACUGCUCCACUCUGGGUCCUGGAUCGACGGAGGACAUCGUCGCCAGCCACCAGCAAAGCCAUGGACUCGGACGACAUCGUCACUGAUGUUGGCUCCGCUCCGUCUGCAGACCACCAUUCGUAACGAGCGAACCAUGAUUGCCCAUGAAUAACGACGAUGAGGGCACAGAGCAAAGUGCCUUGCAAAAUACAAGCGCAUUCGAGCACGGCACUCAGGUUCUCCGAAAUGGGAGUAGGCGAGCAGCAGUGUGAGGAAACGUCUCCACCGGCACCAUCGAAAUGAGGCGGGAAACAACUCCGCCCUCCCUCACCAUGUGUUGAGGGCAUAACCUAUUCUUCUAAUAUAACAAAUUAUAAUAAGAGCGCUUUUCAUAAUAGCGAAAAUGUAUGUGUAGCCCAAAUAAACGAGUCAGCUCAUACACCCCCCCCCCCCUUCCACUUCAGUUCAGUUCAGUUCAGUUCAGUUUAUUCAGACAUACAUUGCCUGGGUUGAAAGGACUAAAAGGCAGAUGAGCUCGUCAUCGUCUUACCUUCGUCUUACUUACCUUACCUUUCGUCAGGAGCACAGGCUGCUGAGUUUUUUUAGCACAGGAUGCCAAUCACCGGUCAAGUGAGUUUUUUGUCACUCGGUCCAUCUGGCCGAAGGAAGUAAGGUUGAUAAUCGCUGACGACUUGCCAGGCGGAACAUUCCAGGUAAUGCAAGAAUGUUUUUUUUAUUUAUUACUUUUCUGUGUGUGUGCGGCCGUGUGCCAAAUAAAUAUUGUCAGUGGGGAUGA